AUGUUCAGGCCCACAGCGAUGACCUCGCUGGCUUUGACGGAGCUUCCAGCUGCAGAGGAAGUGUCUGUGACGUUACCAGAAGAAGCAGAGCUGCUGCCGGUGGGGACGGUCUCUAGUAUUCUGCAGCAGCUCGUUAUUAUCCAGUCUCUGAAGGACACCCCUCCUCUGAAUGACGACAGCGUCCUCUUCACAGCUGACAGGACGUCUGUAGGAAAAGUGUUCGAGGUGUUCGGCCCCGUGUCCAGUCCUCUGUACAUUUUGCGUUUUAACUCUGAAGACCAGAUUAAAAGCAAGCGCCUGACCGAAGGACUGCUGCUUUACUACGCACCUUCCUUCAAAGAAUACACCGGCUACAUUCUGACACAGCAACUGACACGGUUAAGAGGAUCUGAUGCAUCCUGGAAGAACGAUGAGGAACCACCAGAAGAGGCCUUAGAUUAUAGCGAUGACGAGAAGGAGCAGGAAGCAAAAAGAAAAAUGAAGAACGCCAAAAAGACACAAAGUGGCAACACAGGACUCACCAGAGACACCAGUUUCAUUUGUGGACCAGUGAAUGCAGCGGCAGCACUACAACUCUUUCAAUUCUACAUUCUGACUCCGAUCGCUCUCCGGCAGAUUGCCGCGUUAGCGCCUGUCGUUGUCAGUGGUCAUUUUCACCAAAGUGAACUUGCAGCUGUGUUGACUCGUCACCUUGCUCUCCUGAGUCUUUUGACAAUACAGGAAGUGUCAGCUGAGGAGUUAGACAUCCAUACCAACAGAACCAGUUCUACAGUCACUGGACUGGCAUCUGCUGCAAUGUAUCACCCUCGUCAGCAGAGGUCGCAGCCUUUUCUAAACGCUCCCCGACCUCCUGCAAGUCAACAGCUGAACAACCAACCGCCCAUGGAUUUCCAGUUUCCCUAUCCUAACCAACUUCCUGGUGAGAUGGGAUCUGUCCUUGGAAUGCAGGGCAGAAUGGAUCAGCACCAAGGCUCAGGUUCUGGGAUCAGCCAACAGAGAGACUUUGGAUCCAUACCCAUGCCUCUCCCUGCUGAUAAUCAGUCUGGGCUUCAGCAAGGAGUGAACUGGUCAAGCUAUCAGCCUCCAGCCAAACUGUUUGCCAGCCUUCCACCAAGUGCUGGCCACCAGGGAACACAUCUGCAGAACCAGAAACGCCAAACGGGUGCACCAAACUGGAAACCUCCUGUACAUGACUCACCAUUGCCCCGGACCCAACUGUCGCAUACUGCUGGAGGUGGGGGUGAUAGUAAAACCUUGUACACACCAGAGAGUGCAGGAAGCAUUUUGGCUAGUUUUGGACUUUCAAACGAGGACUUGGAGGUGCUGAGUCAUUACCCAGAUGAUCAGCUAACUCCAGAUACUUUGCCGUUUAUACUUCGUAACAUCCAGAUCAAGAAAUCAGGCAUGCAGAAACAAAUGGAUUCCACUUCCUCAAUGUUUUCUCAUAACCUCGAUGAUGGGGCCGGGCCGUCUCGGCGCUCUUCAGAGGUGCCCGGCAUUCUGACCGUUACACAGACUGCAGGUAAAAUUAUUGACUAUGGUCAUGCCAGUCAACAGAAGUACGGCAGCGAUACCAGAAAGACUUUCAAAAGAGAGCAGCUUUCUAAUGCAAGUACAACUAGGAUGUACCCGGCAACUUCAUCUGCAGCAACCCCAAAGAUGGGGAAAUACAAAAGACCGAUUUUGGAGCACAUUGAUCUGAGCCUAAAUGAAGAGGACUAUCGCAGGACGGGCAGAGAAAAGCACCGAGACGAGGACUAUCGCAGGAUGACCAGAGACAAACACAGGAGUCACUCACCACCAGGGAGAAAAUUUGUACCUUCACCCAAAUCUUAUCAUGUAAACAGAGACUAUAGAUACUUGGAAUCUAAACUAAGAAGUGAAGGUUCUUCAAAACUACCUCUGUCUUCUUCGUCUGAGUCAAGACCUCAUGACAGCAGCAAGAACUCUCCGACCCCGACCAUGAUAAGUGAUUUUGAUGCUGUGCCUCCGAAAGUGUAUCCACAUACCUGCUCCUUGUGCGACACAAACUGUGAUCAGGAAAAGGACUGGCUGGAGCAUAUCAACACUGUGGAUCAUACGGUGGCUUGCAGAGUGCUGCGCGUCAAGUACCCAGACUGGAAACCAGCGCUAUCGAGCCGGCGUAGAAACUACAGAAACCAGGCCUCAUCGGAACCCAAAGAUGAUUCUCCUUUUGACUCGAUGUCUCAGUCCCAGUCUCGCUCUCCGAGUCCUUAUUCCAACGAAGGAGGAACCUAUCUCAGCAGACCUCGCAGGAGGUCUUAUUCUCCCCGCCGACUCCCAGAGCGCAGUCAUCGGGCCGACCACCACCGCUUUCACAGCCCACCUUAUUCCCACGGGAAGUAUUUACCUGUCAGAGAGCGAGCGAGAGAUCAUCCUUUGAGGAGCAGGACGUCAUCAGGGAUCGUCUCUCGCAGUGGUGUGAAGCGUCUUCGCCGUGGUUCUUGUGACACGAGCAGAAGUCUGUCGUCCUCUGCAGCUGAGCACAGCUCCAAACAUGAUCCGUUAGCACACUCCACUAAAACUGUGAAACGUGCACCGAAGCCUGGGGCCAAAACUACCAAGUCUGUCAAACCACCACUAGCCAAGAAGAAGAAGGUUGUAGCUGCAGACAGCAAGGACUCAACUGUUGCAGGGUGUCUGGUUUACAUGACGGGCAUCCCAAAAGACGCCACAGAGCAGGAGGUUACUGACAUGGUUGGCUCUUUUGGCAAGAUCAACAAUGUGGUCCUCAUGCCGUGCUCUGAGGAGGACCGUGAGAAAGGGCAGACGGCGUCUGUGUGCAUGAUGAGGGCAAUGGACGCUCUGGCUUUUGUUGCUGCUCCAAACCUCUGCAUCAGAGAGCAGAAAAUCACUGCUUCAGUAGCCAAGAAACCUGAAGCCAAGCAGCUUCCUGACACCGACAACAAACCUGAUGCAAACCCAGACAAAAAGGCCGAUGUCAGCAGCUCAGCCGGAGGUGAUGCAAUCCAGAUGACUUCAGAUCAGAGCUGCAAGGUGCUGAUCACAGGCCUCCCUGAAAGCGGCUGGUCAGAGACUGACAUCAUCCAACUGGUCCAACCCUUCGGGAAUUCAUUCGACAUCAUCCUGUCAACAAACGCCAGAAAGGCACUCGUGUCGCUGGCGGACUUGGACGUGGCUCAGGAGAUGGUGAAGGUCCACAGCUUCAAGUCUGCCAUGGUUAACAACACAGAAGUGAAGCUAAGUCUUCUCAAACAGAACGUUGGCCUUAGCACACCGGUGGCCCUUUACAAUCUCUUCAUGGGAUCGGUGGAUCCUUUGGAGAAUGUGGCUCCAAUUGUCUGGAACCGUUUGUUGGUUAUCAAGAAUGUUCCAGAUACACCAUCUGGCUCCAGUGAGGUUGUAAAACUGGUGCAACGCUUCGGUAAAGUAAAAAGGAAUCUCGUGCUCAGCACCAACAACAUGGUGAUUUGUGAGAUGCUGACUGCAGUCAGGGCCUUGGCUGUUUACAAACGCUUCCUGAAGUUUCCGUGCAUCAUCCAGAACAACCCUCUGUUUUUCUCCCGCAACCCUGAUCCUAAACCGAACGCUCACACCAAAGUUAUUGCUGCAUAUUGUGAUUCAUCAGAGGUUAAACCUGUGAGUGACAACGAUAGCCAAGCAGCAGCAGAAGCUCCGAAAGAAGAAGAAGAAGAAGCCACAUCAGAGAUUUCUGCAGCUCCAGCAGGAAAUUCUUGUGAUGAAAAGAGCGUUGAAACAUCUGUGGAAGAUAAAUCUGUCGAACAAACUGAGAGCAAAGAUGACAAAACAGGUGAGCUUGGUGUUUCCGAGUCUUCGGCUGUGUUGGACACCGAACCGCACUCGGACUCUCCAACAGAGCCGAGCAACGUCUUAGCAGCUGAAUCUGAGACGACAGAAGUGAGCACAGAGGUGGAAAACAUGGAGGCAACACCAGUCAGCUGUGAAGUAACCUCCCAGGAAACAGGCCUGCCGCAGCCGCGUACGAUCACUCAAGCUAUGGUGGACACGCUGCUGGAGGAGUGCAGAGCCACCAGAAGUGCCAGCAAGCAGCAACAGUCCGACAAGCCUGCAGCUGCUCUCGACAAAGAGCAGAAGAAAACACAACAGCAGCCAAAGCAAAAAGGAAAAGCAGCAAUCAAGAAAAAAGUCUUGUCCAAGGGUGCCACAGAAAAACAGGAGGUGGUGAAUAAACAGGAGGCGGAGAGAAAGGAGAAAGAAGAGGGAGAGAAAGAAGAGAGGGAGAAAGAGAAUGCCAGGAGAGAGAAGGAGCGGGCUGAGAGAGCCAAGAGGAUAAGGGAGAGAAGAGAUGAAGAAAGAGAGAGAAGGGAGGAGGAAAGGAGAGAAAGAGAGAGAAGGGAGGAGGAAAGGAGAGAAAGAGAGAGAAGGGAGGAGGAAAGAGAGAGAAGGGACAGGAAGAGAGGCUAUGGUGAGCAUCAGCCUAGGUCGAGGUUGGACAGGUACCGGCAGAGUUCUCGGAGGGACGAGCGGUCCGGCGUGGAGACGAAGAACAGAACGGAGGAUGAGGAGGACUUCCCCUUCAACAUGAGCGACUUUGUGACGGUUGAUGAAGUCGGAGAUGUGGCUGAGCAUCCUUGCUUUUUGUCACCUACUGUCCACGAGGAGACAUCACAGGACCCGAGCGUCUCUCCAAAACCUGCUCAACAGGACGUUCCUGAGGACAAACCUGUGGAGAGCACGGUGACCCAAGAGCUGUCAAAUGAGAAGAUCUUGGAGUCUGAACCUGUCAGCAUCCUGACCGUUGAGGAACCAGGUUCAAGACCUGAGCAGGACCUCAGGAACACAGACUCCUCUCUGCUUGCCUCACAAGAUCACUGUGUUCCAAGUGAAGCACCAAAUCUGUCAGAAGCACCUGGAAGUGACGCAGAUCCUGAGAAAGGGACUCUCCUGGCUGCUUCUCUAGACUCCACCUCCAACACUGAACCUCUUCUGACAUCUGCCCAAGCACCUGCAGCUGAUUCCAGUUCAGACGGUCUGGCAGCAAGUGUAGUGACAACUAAAAGUGAGGAUGAGAAAGAGAGCGGUCCUGUUCUCCACAGCCUGACUCGGAACGAGAAGAUGGAGGCAUCAGACAGUCAUGAACAGGAAGUGGAGAAAGAGAGUGGUCCUGUUGGUCAUGAUGUGGUCCAGAGCAAGAAGGUGGAGGCAUCACACAGUCAGGAGCAGGAAGUGGAGAAAGAGAGUGGUCCUGUUAGCCAUGGUCCUACCCAGAGCAAGAAGGUGGAGGCAUCAGACAGUCAGAAGCAGGACGUGCACGUUGAAGAAAAUCAGAAGGCGACAGACAAAACAGCAACAGGAACGCUAGAGAAGACUGAGGAAAGUGUGAACAAAGACCAGCUCCUCCGUCCUUAUGACCCCCAGACACCUGUUGGUAUGGAGUAUUUGGUCCCAAAAACGGGUUUCUUCUGUAAUGCAUGCAGUCGAUUCUUCUGUGGAGGAAAAGUGGCAGAAAUCGGCCACUGCAAAACCCUCAAACACUACGAGAACCUGAAGAAACUGUUGCAGAAAGCAGAACCAGAGUCGGAACAGACUCCAACUGCCUGAUCCUUUUAGCUUUAGUCCUGUGGUGUUUUCUUCAUUUAAUUCUUAGGGUCCAGAUUAGCAAAAUAACGUAGUUGUGUUUUGUAUCAUUUAUCGCUGUUUAUUAUCCUUUUCGUACAGUUGAAAAAGGUUCGUGCUCGGUGUUGAACUGUUCCUGACAGAAAUCUGCACAGUCAAUAAAGUGGUUUUUUUCCGAAU